GGCUGAAGUAGAAACCUACCAAACAUAAAGCAACAAAUCACCUCUCCUACCAUUAGACUGUUUACAUGACAUCAUAAGAUGACAUUGUCAAUGGUAAACAAGCAUGUGCAAUUGCCAUAACCCAAGAUUCUCACAGAGUUUAUCGUAAGCAUGGCUCCAACAACACAGUGGGCAGUGGCGUAACUACAAAAGAUGGGCUUGCCUGCAUAAAAAAUUUAAAUAAAGAUGGCUAGAGGACACCAAAAAAUACAGUCUCAGCAGAAAAAUCAAAAGAGACAACAAGAACUGAAGAAGCAACAAGGACAUGAUCAAAAGACAGCAGCUCAAAAAGCCUUGAUUCAUACCUGUACAGUUUGUAAGGCUCAGAUGCCAGAUCCAAAAACCUAUAAGCAACAUUUUGAAAAUAAGCAUCCAAGAACUCCACUUCCCGAUGAUCUCAAAGACUCAUGACCACUAAUAGAGGAUGAAAAGAAGAGACUGCACCAGUUUUUUGGAAGUGGCCAGUUAUACAGAGACAUGUUUAUUCUAAUACAGUGUAUCUUUUCAUUUCAUCUUUAUUUGGACUUUUUUAAUAUGAAAUUUUACAAUACUCUGAUGAAUUGCGGGUUUUCUUGACACACCUAAAUGUUUGGAAUAGUAUUAUGCAAUUUUUUUUUUAUCAGCCUCUUGUAUGAUGUUGUACACCUAUUAAAUGAAUUUAUAAAAUGUUUUGUGAAUCAAGCAUUUAAUUCAAAUGAAAUAAAAUUGUCUAAAGUAACUAAUGUCACAUGGUAUGCUUUGUGUAUAUAGCAAGUUCUUUGAUCUGUUUUAGACACUUGUGCAUACAGUUUUAUUUGUUCCAUUUUUGAUGCUUGUUUACAGCAUGUUCUUUGUUCUAUUUUAAUUGAUCGUGCAUGUUGUGUUGUUUGUUCUAUCUUGAAUGCUUGUUUGUAACUUGUUCUUUGUUCAAUUUUAGUUGCUCGUGCAAGUAGUGUUAUUUGUUUAUGUUGGAUGCUUGUGUAUAGUGUUUUGUUCUGUUGUGGAUGCUUACGUACAAUGAUUUCUUUGUUCUUAGAUGCUUUUGUAUAAUGUUCUUUAUUCUGUGUAAAUGUUUGUGUGUAUAAUGUGUUGUUUGUUUUAUUUUAUUCACUAAUAUCACAAACUACAAAGAACUAUGUAUUUUGACACUUUAUUUUCUAAUACUACACUUAUUUGUAGUUAUUUUAUGUAAAUUAUUAAUAUUCUAGUAUGUACAUACUAAAAGAACAGCUACAAUUCAGUAAAUUCAAUUGACAAUAUGUGGUAUUUUAGUAAAAACUUUUGUGACAUCUCUAAAAAAGGUAUACAUUUUGUACAUUGAUUAUAUAUGUAUCUGUUUAACGAAAGAGAAAUAGGGAAAAUUUCAUAACAUGUAAAUAAAUGAAAUAUCAGGAUGUUCAGAAAUA